UGAGGGAGGCUCUAGGGUUUCUCUGGCAGGGAAGUGGGAAGAAGGAGAGGUUUGUCUGUUUGUGUGCAGAGGGAAGUCAGAUGAGCAUGUGAGAGAGUUGAGAGGGGGAACUUAUAGCUGAAUUCUGAGGCAGCUUGUCUUCCUGAGCAUCCUUCCCCCAACAGAACUUCAAUGAUGUUCCUGCUGCCUAUGCUCUUCAAAGGAUUUCUCUGCUGUGGGGCAAGUGUAUUGGCCCUCCAGGUUCUAGAACCCCGUCAUCCUGCUGCAGAAGAGCCCCUCUCCUUCCGCAUUCUCCAGAUCUCCUCCUUCGCCAAUCACAGCUGGGUGUGCACCCAUGGCUCAGGCUGGCUGGGUGAGCUGCAGACUCACAGCUGGGACAAUGUCUUGGGCACCAUCCGCUUUCUGUUGCCCUGGGCCCAGGGUAACUUCAGCAAGGAGGAGCUGAAGAACAUCGAGGCCUUCCUGCAGUUGUACUUCCGCAGUUUCCCUCGGGAAGUGCAGGCCUUCUCCAGUCAGCUUCAGUUUGAAUACCCCUUUGAGCUCCAGUUAUCCCUUGGCUGUUUAAGUCACCCUGUGAAGGCCUCAGAAUCCUUCUUCAAUGGAGCAUAUCAAGGAUUGGAUUUCCUGAGUUUCCAAGGAAAUUCUUGGACGCCAUCUCUGGGAGCAGGGAGUCAAGCUCAGAACGCAUGCACUGUGCUCAACCACUACCGAGUUAUUAAAGAAGUUGUGGAGGUAGCUCUCUAUGACAUCUGCCCUCGGUUUCUGGCAGGCCUCCUUCAAGCAGGGAAAUCAGAGCUAGAACGACAAGUGAAGCCCGAGGCUUGGCUGUCCAAAGGCCCAAGUCCUGGGCCUGGCCGUCUGCUGCUGAUAUGCCACAUCUCCGGCUUUCAUCCAAAGCCUGUGUGGGUGAUGUGGAUGCGGGGUGAGCAGGAGCAACAGGCCACUCAGCGAGGUGACAUCCUGCCCCAUGCAGACGGGACGUGGUACCUCCGAGUAACCCUGGAUGUGGUGGCUGGGGAGGCAACCGGUCUGAGUUGCCGGGUGAAGCACAGCAGCCUAGGAGGCCAUGAUAUCAUCCUCUACUGGGGUGGAAUCUCCAUUGUCCCGACAUUGAUCUGUUUGAUGGUAGUAGUUACCCUGGUCCUGCUCGUUGUAGUUGACUCACUGUUUAAGAAGCAGCGCGCAAAUUGGAAUGUCCUCUCUGCUCAUGUCGCCCACAAUGACUUUCCCACUGGAGCUGACACCCAAGACCCCAGGAACUCAGGACCUCAGCUCUGCUUGGCACAAGAUUUGUGGAUCAAAGACAGACUCUUAGAGAAACGGAAAACCAGCCUAAACCAACUCUGGUGUCGUUAGUUUUACUGUCCACAUAAAAUCCUUUUCUUCUUCUGUUUACACAUGGUUCAAACCUAUAAACAAAGUGUGAUUUUGUUAAAGCAGCUUGUUCUGGAAGAGAUCCUGACCCCUUUGGAAAUCUGUUUUCUUUUUUUUUUCUCCACAUAUUCAUCAUUAUUGAUCUUUCAAACUUGAAUUCAGAUGCUUCUUUUCUUUCUUUUUUUUGAUGAAUCAUUUUAUUUUUCAUCCAGUUUUAUAUUUGCAAGAUGUAUUCAUGUUGGAAUAUAUAGUUUUUGUAGGUACAAUGUAGGUACAAUGAAAUACAGUGAAAACAAUUAAAAUGAAUGAGCUAGUUUAAUCACUUAUAAAUAGCACAGCUGCAGACAAAGUAAAGAAAAUGUACAGGGCUGUUCAGUUCACUUAUGUAUUAAAUUUGGCAGCUAGACAAGACAAAGCAUAAUAAUUCUAGAGCUGAAGAUAUUUGCUCUGUUCACGACCCUGACAUAUACAGGAAGAAAAACUGAAGCAUAGUUGGGGAAAUAUUCAGCUUCUUUUUUUUUUUUUGGUCCAGGAGAAAAAAAAAAUUAGCUUCCUAGAAUAUUAAAAAGAAGUAGUUAGAAGGUCACAGUGGUUAGAAAGCCAUAGCACCUGGGUGCGCAGAAAAACCAGACUCUCUUGGGUGAGAAGAGACCCAGAGAGCCUUUCCAGUGGUCUGGCCAGUUGUGCAAAAGAAAUACAUGGUAAAGUUACUGGGAAAGAGCCCUGCACACAAUGGCAGCCUGUUUAUGACUCUGAGCAGCGGCUUUACCCUGAACCGGUCUAUCUUUGAUGGACAGAGCCUCAGGCUGAAUGCUGGGGCAGCAAGCAUUACAGGGUGUCUGAGAGCUAGAGACCUUUGUGGAAAGAGGUGGCAGCACCCUGAGUCUAGUCUUAGCCUUAGAAGAACUUGGCAUAAUGACCACAGCUCCAAUGAUACGGCCAGGAGAAGAGGUAGAAAUGACAGAGAGGAAGAAAAUAAGCCCCAUGGUCAUGACAGGAGGUCCUACCACUUCAGGCCAGGGAUUCAGAUGAACAGACAUGGACAACUACAGCCCACUUUAGGACCCAUGGCCAGAGUGGAGGAUACUUAGAGGAGUCCAGAGGUCCAGUGUGUCCAAUGAUUUGUGUUUGAGUGAGUGGCUGUUGUUCUAUUGCUAUUACAUUGGUCCAUGAUCCUCAAUUCAUUCAGGCUGGAGGGAUCUGAGAAAUCGCUGCAAAUCUCAAAAGCAAGGCAUGUUCCUUUAAGUUUUGAUGGGCAGUACUUUAAACUUAGCAACUUUCUUGUCUUAUAUUAAAGUUCUUUGGCAAAUGAACCUUUGUUUUGAAGCACAGUAUAAUUGACAAUUCCAAAAUGAUUCCCUUGGCAAUUUGCCUUAUACUGAUGAGAUAACCCUAUGUUAAUAUUUUUUAGUGGCAAUAACCCCAUAUUUAAGAGCAUAAUUCCAUCAUUCCCAAUUUAGGACUUGUAUCUUCCAAAAUGAAACUGGGAUGCUCUAUUAGUUUGGAUUCUCUGAGGAAAGGCUUUCAUGCUAGUGGUUUCAAGGAAGAGGAGGGAAAACAUGGAGAGAGUGCUAAAGAGAAGGAGGAAAAGCCAAAACAAAUGUGCACUGUCAAGCUGGGCACCAGCUCAGUCCUGUCAAGACAUUCGCAGGUGCAUUAUUGGAUUGUUCACAGAAGAGAUCAACCGAUGGGCUUCUCCUCCAGGAGUGAGGGGUUGCUGGCUUCAUCUCACUGCCAGGUAGUGUAUCAGAUGUUUCUUUUCUUAAGAACUUCCCUGGAUCUUCCAGUUGAGAGCUCUUCUGUAUGCCUCUUCCUAAAUAACUCAUUUCUUCCUACUCCAAGGAGUGACUUUUACGUUUUUGUGCUUUUCUCUCAUUUGCUUGAAAACAAGAUUUAUGUGUCUAUAUCUGUGCCCAGGACCAAAACCUCACCAGCUUCAUGGGGCAUGUGACCUGUGAAGGUAUUUCCAUCUUGAAAUCCUUACUCAUUUUGGAAGGAGAGUUGCUGCAUUUUCAUUUUAUACUGGCCUCACAAAUUAUGUGGCUGGUUUGGCCUGAAUGAGACAUUUCUCAGUAAAUACUGUCUGAAAUAAAUGUGUUGUCAAAUAAAGUGAUGUUGUUUUAAUGAAA